AUGAUGUUAACUUACCAUUGCUUCUGGCUGCUGUUCUGGGUUGGUCAGCCUCACCAAAGUUUUUCAUCUCCGUUAUCCAAAAGGACUAGGGGCUUUCCGGAAAAGGAAAAGGUUUUGGAACUGUCUGGAAAUAACAGGAAGGAGUUUACUCGUUCCAAAAGGAGCUGGAUGUGGAAUCAGUUCUUUCUCUUGGAGGAAUACACAGGCUCUGAUUAUCAAUAUGUUGGAAAGCUGCAUUCAGACCAGGACAGAGGAGAUGGCUCACUUAAGUACAUCCUUUCUGGAGAUGGAGCAGGAGACCUCUUCAUUAUCAAUGAAAACACUGGAGACAUACAGGCUACAAAGAGACUAGACAGGGAAGAGAAGCCUGUUUAUAUACUUCGUGCCCAGGCUAUAAACAGGAGGACUGGACGACCAGUGGAACCAGAGUCUGAGUUCAUCAUUAAGAUCCAUGACAUCAAUGACAAUGAGCCAAUGUUUACAAAGGAUGUUUACAACGCCAGUGUUCCGGAAAUGUCGGAUGUCGGUACAUUUGUUGUGCAAGUCACUGCGACCGAUGCCGAUGAUCCUACCUAUGGAAACAGUGCUAAAGUUGUGUACAGCAUUCUCCAGGGACAACCGUAUUUCUCAGUGGAGUCUGAGUCAGGUAUUAUCAAAACUGCUUUGCUCAACAUGGACCGAGAAAACAGGGAGCAGUACCAAGUGGUCAUCCAGGCCAAGGACAUGGGUGGACAGAUGGGUGGACUCUCAGGAACCACCACGGUGAACAUCACACUGACUGACGUCAAUGACAAUCCACCACGAUUCCCACAGAGUACAUACCAGUUCAAAACACCUGAAUCUGCUCCACCUGAAUCACCGAUUGGCAGGAUAAAAGCGAAUGAUGCCGAUGUCGGUGAAAACGCCGAGAUCGAAUACAGCAUCACUGAAGGAGAUGGAUCAGACAUGUUUGGGGUUAUCACUGACAAGGACACACAGGAAGGAAUUAUAACAGUCAAAAAGGCUUUGGAUUUUGAAAAGAAAAAGCUAUAUACUCUGAAAGUGGAGGCUACCAACACUCAUGUGGAUCCCCGAUUCCUCUACUUGGGGCCAUUCAAGGACUCCACUACGGUCAGAAUUCUGGUGGAGGAUGUGGAUGAGCCCCCGGUGUUCAGCAGACCAGCAUACAUACUAGAAGUGAAAGAAGAUGUGCCCAUAAACAGUAUUAUAGGAACUGUAACAGCCCAGGACCCUGAUGUUGCGAAAAAUCCUGUCAAAUAUUCCGUAGAUCGGCACACUGAUAUGGACAGAGUAUUCAACAUCAAUUCCGGAAAUGGUUCAAUAUUUACUUCAAAACCCCUUGACCGGGAAACAUUGCUGUGGCACAACAUUACAGUAAUAGCAGCAGAGAUCAACAACCCAAAACAAAGCAGCCGGGUCCCUGUGUUUAUUAAGGUUCUGGAUGUAAAUGACAAUGCCCCAGAAUUUGCUAUGUUUUACGAGACCUUCGUCUGUGAAAAUGCAAAGGCAGAACAGGUGGUAAUUUUGCUGUUAUCAUUUCAGCUGAUACAGACCCUAAGUGCAGUUGAUAAAGAUGAUUCUUUCAGUGGACACCAGUUUUCAUUCUCCUUGGCUCCAGAAGCAACCAGUGGCUCAAACUUUACAAUCCAGGACAACAGAGACAACACAGCAGGGAUCUUCACAAGAAAAAACAGAUAUAACCGACAUGAAAUGAGUACUUAUCUCCUGCCUGUGGUGAUAUCGGACAGUGACUACCCAGUCCAGAGCAGUACUGAAACAGUGACAAUCCGAGUGUGCGCCUGUGACCGUCGGGGGAAGAUGCAGUCUUGUAAUGCAGAAGCCCUAAUCCAUCCAACUGGCCUUAGCACAGGGGCUUUGAUUGCCAUUCUUCUCUGCAUCAUUAUAUUGCUAGUUACAGUGGUGCUGUUUGCAGCUCUGAAACGGCAGCGGAAGAAAGAACCUUUGAUAAUUUCCAAAGAGGACAUCAGAGACAACAUUGUCAGUUACAAUGAUGAAGGCGGUGGAGAGGAAGACACCCAGGCUUUUGAUAUUGGCACACUGAGAAAUCCUGAAGCCAUAGAAGACAAUAAAUUACGCAGAGACAUUGUGCCAGAAGCACUUUUUAUGCCGCGCCGGACUCCAGCGGUACGAGAUAACACCGAUGUCAGAGAUUUCAUUAACCAAAGGUUAAAGGAAAAUGAUACCGAUCCUACCGCGCCCCCAUAUGACUCGUUAGCGACCUACGCGUAUGAAGGUAAUGGCUCUGUGGCAGAAUCCCUCAGCUCCUUAGAGUCGGUGACUACGGAUGGAGAUCAGGACUACGAUUACCUCAGUGACUGGGGGCCUCGAUUUAAAAAGCUGGCGGAUAUGUACGGCAGCGUGGACAGUGAUAAAGACUCUUAA